UGACGUCAGCGCGCUUCCGCGUGCGGCCGCCGAGCGGAAGAAGCGCCGUGCCGGGAGCGGAGCAGCGCGGGACGCGGGGACGGCCCCGCCACCGCCCGGGAAACGGAAGAAAAUGAGCCUGAAAUCUGAGCGCAGAGGAAUUCACGUUGAUCAGUCAGAGCUCCUGUGCAAGAAGGGAUGUGGUUACUAUGGCAAUCCUGCUUGGCAGGGCUUCUGCUCCAAGUGCUGGAGAGAGGAAUACCAUAAGGCCAGGCAGAAACAGAUCCAAGAGGAUUGGGAGCUGGCAGAGCGGCUGCAGCGUGAGGAGGAAGAAGCAUAUGCCAGCAGUCAGAGUACCCAAGGGGCACAGUCACUGACCUUCUCAAAGUUUGAGGAGAAGAAAACCAAUGAGAAAACACGAAAGGUCACAACUGUGAAGAAGUUCUUCACUGCUUCCUCCAGAACAGGAGCUAAGAAGGUGGCUCAAGAGAAAGUCGUUAAGCAAGGACAGCUUGGGAGGGAGCGAAAUGCUGAUAACAUUCUAAGGGAUUUGAAGGAGAUUUUUACUCCCUCCUGGGAACUGGCUUCUCCUACUGAAGCAGAGAUCCAAGAAGCCAAAGCUCCCAGCCCUUCUAUAAACAGGCAGGCUAGCAUCGAGACAGACCGAGUAUCCAAGGAAUUCAUAGAAUUUCUCAAGACCUACCAUAAACCAGGACAAGAUAUCUAUAAGCAAUGUAAAUUAUUUUUAGACACAAUGAAUCAUAAAAGGGACUUAAGUAUUGAGGAACAAUCUGAGUGUGCCCAGGACUUCUAUCAAAAUGUAGCAGAGAAAUUGCAGACACGCUGGAAAGUGCCACCUGAGAAAGUUGAGAAAGCAAUGGAUCAGAUUGAAAAAUACAUCAUGACUCGACAGUAUAAAUAUGUCUUUUGUCCUGAAACAACUGAUGAUGAGAAGAAGGAUCUCGCUGUCCAGAAGAGGAUCAGGGCUUUGCACUGGGUAACUCCACAAAUGCUGUGUGUUCCCGUCAAUGAAGAGAUUCCAGAAGUCUCUGAUAUGGUUGUAAAAGCAAUUACAGAUAUUAUUGAGAUGGAUUCAAAGCGUGUUCCUCGUGAUAAGUUGGCAUGCAUCACCAAGUGCAGCAAGCACAUCUUUAAUGCUAUAAAGAUAACCAAAAACGAACCAGCUUCUGCUGAUGACUUUCUUCCAACACUUAUAUACAUUGUUUUGAAGGGAAACCCACCCCGUCUGCAGUCCAACAUCCAGUAUAUAACACGCUUUUGUAAUCCAAGCAGGUUAAUGACAGGAGAAGAUGGCUACUAUUUUACCAACUUGUGCUGCGCUGUGGCCUUCAUUGAAAAACUGGAUGCUCAGUCUUUAAAUUUAAGCCAAGAGGAUUUUGAUCGUUUUAUGACUGGUCAGACAUCCCCGAAGAAGCAAGAAUCUGACAGCUGGUCACCUGAUGUGUGCCUGGGUGUUAAGCAGAUGUAUAAAAACUUAGAUCUCCUGUCUCAGUUGAAUGAGAGACAGGAUAGAAUUGUCAGUGAAGCCAAGAAGCUUGAGAAAGACCUAAUAGAUUGGACUGAUGGAGUUGCAAAGGAAGUCCAAGAUAUUGUUGAGAAAUACCCAUUAGAAAUAAAACCAAAAAAUCAAGCCUUAGCAGCUAUUGACUCUGAAAAUGUGGAGAAUGACAAGCUGCCCCCACCACUGCAGCCUCAGGUUUAUGCAGGAUAAUAAUGGGUGCUAAAUUCGAAGAGCAUCAUUGUUCUCACCUAGCACUAUCUGCUUCUUGGGAAGGGAAGUAAAUUCAAGGCUAAAAAUCGGAUGAGCUUAAAUCAAUACAUUUUUAAAGGUGCAUUUUUUGGUUAAGUGUAAUAAACUGUAUUUAUUUUAGUCAAUUAGAUUUCUAUUAGGCUUUUGUGAGUUUUUGAACUGAACUUUAAAUUUUCUACACAAACCAGUGUAAUUUUUAAGCAACACUAGUUCACUGACAUCUUUCCUGCAAGCUUCCUCAUAGGCAUGCACUUAAACAUUUUUAAUUAUUAAGUUUAACAUAAAGAUUUCAAGUUCCAGCUGAAACUUGAACGCUACCAAUGUUAGUUUGGUUUAUUCUGUAGCUGUAAAGAUGAAAUGUAUCUUGUAAAAUAUGUACAAUUGUAAAUAGAUUUCAAAUCUAAUGUGUGAGCUGUGCAUGACAUCUUGUGUAUUAGUGGAAAUGAGGUGGGUGUGUUCAUAUUAGCACCUUUUGGUUGAAUUGCAUUGCAGUCUACAGCCAAGUACACGGUUGGUCUUUCAAUAAGCUAAAAGGUGUAACUGGUGAAUUAGAGAGGGUGUUCUUGUACAUGAAGACAUCUUCAUGUCUGCUUCCUGGUUUUUGGUGGUUUUGUUUUAAUUUUUUUUUCAAGUGCCAUCUAAAAUAUGACAUUUCUUCAUGUAAUGUCAGCAUUCUCUCUGGUGUGUCCAGUACACGUGACAGCUUUACUGGUAGCACUUGUGAAGAGAAUGAUGAGCCAGGCUUCAUACGUAUGAGGGAAGACUUUUAAUAAAACCUGUGUAAUUUAGAACAAAAGUGGGGAGAGAAAGAGAGAAUGCAAGAAUUAUGCCCAAAGUGGCUUUCUUUUCUGGCACUGCCUGGCAAUUUCCUUCGAAUUCCACCAUUGCACUGGGUCUUGAUUGCUUUUCUGACAAUCCUGGUUGAUAAAUGAGAUCAUAUAAUUAGAAGCUGCUUUUUAGCAGAAGGAUGAGCCGUGGCUCCGAGCAGAAAAGUGCACUUUAUUUUCACGAAACAUCACUCUUCUGAUCUCCAGUGACCCUAAAAUUACCUUGCUAAGCUGUUGAGCAUCAAGAUAAAUAUGGCAUUAUGUCACUACAAGUUCAGAUCAGUGAAUUGCAAAUUAAGAACAGUUCACCAAAAAAGUAACCUCUCGCAAUGGAACUUUUUAAUGCUAGAGAAAUAUUUUAUGUAUCAUUUUAAAUCUCUCAGUUCAUCCAGUCUGCGGCGACCUGUCAUUGUACCUGAGAUAUCCAACGUGGAGCUGCUUAGCUUGAACUACUCUAAAGCAACGUUAAAUUCUUAGCAAGGAGGAGGAGCGUACCUACCUCUGUAUGUUCCACUGCUCUGCAAACACGUAUUUUAGAUUUGCACUGCAAUAACUUCAGACCAAAACUGUGGUUUGUUCCUUUUUGUCACGUGUACUCAGCCGUACGAACUGUGCAUUCCUCUGGGAGAGAACCAGUUACUCAGAAUUCCCCUGCUAAGGUGAAGCAAUGAGCUAACCAGAAUUCACAGAAGUUGGAUUAUUUCAUAUAUCCAUGCUGUCCACGUUGCCUAGGAUCUGACCAGUGCUUACGGUAAAAAAUAGUGCAAAGCCUUUAUGGGGUUUAUGAGCAUUAGGUGCUAAUUUUGAUAUCUGGGUACGCAGGCUUUCCGGGGGGUGGAAAUUAGCUGUUGUGUAAAUUGCUAUGUUUGAAUAAAACUGUGUACGUUACACCCUUGUUAAUGAGCUCCUAAAAAAUUGCAUCACUGGGUUUUGUUAUGGUGUUAAUGAUUAACGUGAAUAUAAUUGUGACUGAUUCUGAUUUAUCUGUAUUUGGGGGGAGAGAAUUCCUAGUCAUUCAAGUGAAGUCUGGGAAACAAUGUCUUUUUCUUUGCAGAAAGUUAAGUGGUUAAAUACUUUAGAUAGACUGACCCGGUGCAUUUGUAACUAAGGCAUCUCUAAUCCAUAUGCCAUCUUGUUAUCAAGCCACUGAAGCGGGAGUGGUUCUGGCAAACAAAUCCUCCAGAUCCUUGUAAGGAGGUAAUGUGGAUUUCCAUAUCCCGGCUGAAUACCUUGUCAGUAUUGUAUUAGGUGACCAACUUGUCUAUAGGUAAAACAAUACUUUGUCUUGCUUAAAAAUAAGGUAGUUCAGUCGCUAAAGUAGUAACUACAGAAUGUCGUUGUAGUGUUUGGGAUUCAGAAUGGGCCAGCUGUCGUGCAGAGUGCUGAGCUGGAGGAUGCUGUGUCACCUCACCGUAAGAUGAUGAUCCCUCUCCUAUGCAACACCAGGUGGGCUUGGUGCUCAGUAUUGGGCAUCACUGUAGUAUGAGGUGCUCUGGUCCCACAGAUGAGAUUGAGACAGAAAGUUCUGUUAGGAAAUAGUGGCUAUGAACGAGCUGCAAGUGAACAGGAGAGAUUUAACUGAAAAAGUGAAUUGGCAAAAGGGCUUUGGUAACAGUCACAGCACCAGAACAUCCUUGUUUUUUCCACAGCCUGCUGCUAGUUCUGUGUUACUGAAAAUGAAGCCUGUGCGUCUCAUUACCAGGAAUGAGAACAUGCUGUAAGCUACUUUGCAUGUGAGCUACCUAUUUAUUUUGCUGUAGUAAGGAGCCUGUUUUGGAGUAGCAUUCGUUAAUCGAACUGUGCAUCUUUGGUUUUGCAUAACUGAGUUAUGAAAUUAAACUGAUUCUUCUACCUAGUUAUCAUGAA